UUUCCUUUGGAAGGGAGAGAACUUCACCCAACUCAUGCUGAAAAUGGCUGGCCAUGGCAUCGAGUGUAGCUGGCCGGGGUCCUGAGCAGACAGCCAGGGACUGAGGCACCCUAAUGAGGGACACAAAACCUCCUCGCGGCUGGACGGCGUCCCCCUGGAGACCAGCACCCAGAGCUGACGUCUUGUGGCUGACGCUGUAUCUCCUCUUCCUGGAAUCCCUCCACUGUGCCCUGGCCCUGCCCUCUUGCAAAGAAGAGGAGUACCCGGUGGACAACGAAUGUUGCCCCAAGUGCAGCCCAGGUUACCACGUAAAAGAGCCCUGCGGGGAGCUGACAGGCACCGUGUGUGUGCCCUGUCCCCCGAGGACCUACACUGCCCAUGACAAUGGCCUGAGCGAGUGUCUGCCGUGCCGCGUGUGUGACCCAGCCAUGGGCCUGGUCACCAGGCUCAACUGCUCCAGGACAGGGAACACCCUGUGUGGCUGCAGCCAAGGCCAUUUCUGCGAGGAUGCUGACCACUGUGCUGCCUGCCGGCCCCACACCCUGUGCCGCCCUGGCCAGAGGGUACAGGAGAGAGGCACUGAGAGGCAGGACACAGUGUGCCAAGACUGCCCCCCAGGGACCUUCUCGCCCAACGGGAGCCUAGAGGAAUGUCAGCCCUGGACUGAGUGCAGUGGCUGGGUUAUGAAGGAAACAGAACCUGGGACCAGCAGCUCAGAUGUCACCUGCUCCUUCAGGACCGAACCUAUUUUGAUUAUCAUUUUUCCCAUUCUCAUUUGUAUAUCUGUCACAACAAUCUGGAUCUGCAUAAAAAGAAAGCCCUGGGGUGUGUUCAACAAGCUGAGGGCACCAGAUGCGAGAGGUGAGAACAUGGCCAUGGAUGCCCCGCUGGCCAUUCCGGACAUCACCACAGUGGCCGUGGAGGAGACAGCAUCCAUGCUCACAGAGAGAGACCCAAAGCUCUGACCCAUGGGCUCCAGGACCAGAGCAUCCAGCUGGCAAGACUGCGGGAGCCAGGGGGCCUGGUAGCCCCACCCUGGCGGCCCCUGCCCUGGCUUGGCUUCAUCUUCCAGCCUCCAGAAGAAAAGAUAGAGCCAAUGCUGAGGGUGGGGUGUGGGUGACACACACAAGAUCCCCUGGCUGAGACACUCCCCAGCCAGCCCAGCACACUGCCCACCUAAGGGGCUGCCCUUCUGGAUCCUGCAGAGGCUCGACUGGCCCAUCUGGAGGCAGCUGUGGGCACUACCUCACCCCUCACGGGGACUAGACUGGGUUGGCGUGAUAUUAAAUGAAUACCCUGUUCCAAGGGUUUUUCUAAAUA